AGAAAACACACACACAUAGAGUAGGUUUGCUCACGAACCCUGGCUGUAAGCGAGGGAGUGAGUGAGCUGAUAGAGCAGGAUUCCCGUGAUGUGCUGUGUUCUGUUCUAGUGUGGGGGAGGAAACACGAACGGCACUAACAGCAGCAGCAGAGCAGCGGAUAAACAGUCAGUAUUGGUUUGCAGAGCAGGAGGAGGAACAUGGCGGCUCAGUUAGCCAGCACUAAUGUUGUUUCACUGCCGCGAAGGUCAGAGCCGCUGCUGAGUAAGAGGAUUUAACAGCGAGGGACACGGCAGAAAGUAUUCACUCCAGGCAGAGGUGAUUAAGGGUUUCCUAGUGUACCGUCUUGUAGCAAUGGCCUGAGGAACUCUCUGGACUGAAACCAAGACGGUGAUAUGCAUUGAUAAUGAGUGGAGUCGGUGAAAACACGUCUGACCCUGCCAGGGCAGAGUCAAGAAAACGCAAAGAAUGUUCUACUGAACUCUUAGGGCCCAGUCCAAAGCGAAGCAAUGAGAAGCGCAAUCGUGAGCACGAGAACAAAUACAUUGAAGAGCUGGCUGAGCUGAUCUUCGCCAACUUCAAUGACAUCGAUAACUUCAAUGUCAAGCCUGACAAAUGUGCAAUCCUGAAGGAAACUGUGAAACAAAUCAGGCAAAUAAAGGAGCAAGAAAAAGCUGCAGCAGCAAACGAGGAGGAGGUACAGAAGGCAGAUGUUUCGUCGACAGGCCAAAGUGUGAUUGACAAAGAUGCCUUGGGACCAAUGAUGCUGGAGGCCCUGGAUGGCUUCUUCUUUGUGGUGAACAUGGAGGGUAACAUUGUGUUCGUCUCUGAGAAUGUGACCCAGUACCUUCGCUACAAUCAAGAGGAGCUGAUGAACACCAGUGUCUACAGCGUGCUACAUGUUGGUGACCACGCCGAGUUCAUCAAGAACCUGCUGCCCAAAUCCCUCGUGAACGGUGUGCCGUGGUCCAAUGAUGGUCCGAGGAGAAACAGUCACACAUUCAACUGCCGGAUGCUGGUCAAUCCCCACGGCGAGAACCAAGAUGAGCAGCAUGAGCAUGAGCCACAGCAGCAGAAAUAUGAGACCAUGCAGUGUUUUGCUGUUUCUGAGCCCAAGUCCAUCAAAGAGGAAGGAGAUGACUUUCAGUCGUGCCUGAUCUGUGUGGCUCGCAGGGUGCCCAUGAAGGAAAGACCCAUGUUGCCCACGCAUGAGAGCUUCACCACACGCCAGGACCUGCAAGGUAAGAUUACAUCCCUGGAUACCAGUCUGCUGCGUGCAUCUAUGAAACCAGGCUGGGAAGAUCUGGUGAGGCGCUGCAUUCAGAGGUUCCACCUACAGAACGAUGGCGAGAUGUCUUUUGCCAAGAGGCAUCAACAGGAAGUGCUUCGCCAUGGCCACGCGUUCAGCCCCAUCUAUCGGUUCUCCCUCUCAGACGGAACCAUAGUUUCAGCCCACACCAAGAGCAAACUUCUGCGCUCACCCGCUACCAACGAACCCCAGCUUUACAUGUCGCUACACAUUCUUCAGAGGGAGCAGACUGUAUGCGGAAUGGGUCAGGAUAUGGGACCGGGCACUCAAGCCACAGGGAUGGCCCCAAAACCCAUGAACUCCUCCACUCCCUCCAUGACUCCUCCGACCCCAGGAAGUUUGCCAGGUUCAUCUGGGCCUCAGGGCCAAGACACCACCAUCAGCAGCAACAGUACGCCUUUUUCCUCUCCAGGCCCCGCUGGCCCAAGAGAACCGGCAGCCAUGAGCCAUAUGCAGGGCUACCGCUUUGGCUGCCCGCCACCUCACAACCACACUGGGGGCAUGCAGCCGCCUCAACAGGGCCCAAACUGGAGAUUAAAUAGCCCCUCUCGUGCCAGCCCCAGUCCAGCUGGAGGGCCACAUCCACCUCAGCAGAACUCUAUGUUGUCGCCUAGACACAGAGGGAGUCCAGGUGGUGCAGGUAGCCCUCGUGUAGCAGGAGGCCUACACUCACCGUCUCCUGUGGGGAUGUGUGGUGGAGGACCUGGAGGAGCAAGUGGUAGCAGCACCACAAGUGGACAUGCCAACAGCUACACUAGCAGUUCUCUGUCUGCUCUGCAGGCACUGAGUGAGUGCCACGGUGUGGGACACGGACACGGGCCUCCUCAUGCACAUACGCUGGGGUCACCAGACCGGAAACUAGGUUCCCCUGUAGGAGUGGCACCUGGGUCAGGGGUUAACUCCCAUCUGAUGUCAAAAUCAGGAGGUAGCAGUGGACCUGCUGGGGGUACAGGGGACUCUUUUGGCCCUCACGCUGAAAUGGGGCAGGGGCAAACACAGGUUCAGACAGAGGGCAACCUGGUGGAGCCCAAGGAGGAGAAGGACGGGCCCCCUGAUGGUCUGGACACUCAAAGCCGUCUCCACGACAACAAAGGCCACACCAAGCUGUUACAGCUGCUCACAACCAAGCCAGAACCACUGGAGACACCGCUGUCCCCCGGUGAGGCCAAAGACCAGGCUGGGACAGGGGUCAGAGGUGGCCACACUGGAGGAAACACUCACGCCACAUCCCUCAAAGAGAAACAUAAAAUUCUUCACCAACUGCUUCAGAACAGCACGUCUCCAGGACACCUGGCCAAAAUCACUGCAGAAGCCACAGGCAAGGAGUUGGUCCAGGACCAAACCCCCGGCGCUGGUUGUACAGCUUCGGGGGCAGAAAUUACUCCAAAGCAGGAGCCCUUGAGCCCAAAGAAGAAGGACAAUGCCCUUUUACGUUACCUACUGGAUAAGGAUGACACUGUACUGAAGGACAAGGUCCCUAAAUUGGAGCCUGGGGAGGAUAAGGUUGAAAUUGGUAAAACCACCCUUGUGAAGGCAGAGAAACAAGACGCAGGAUAUGACCGAGCUGAGCAGUCGUCAGAGCUGGAUGACAUCCUAAACGACCUGCAGAAUGCACAGUCACAGCUCUUCUGUGAGCCGAGGCCUGUUUCACUGCCCAGUCCCAUGGACAAACAGAAUAUCAUCAAUGACAUACUGCAGAUGUCUGAUACCAGCCCUGCCUUGGUGGCACAACAGCAACACAGGAACAUGGCUGCAGGAAUCGGCCCAACCAACUUUGGUGGUGUUCGACCAAGUCAGCCCGGCAGGGGUCUGCCCGUGAGGAGUGUGUCUCUGGAUAUGAAUGUGUCCCCACAGCAGCAGCCUCCACUGCAGUAUCCAAUAAGGGCCACAGGUCCAUACCUUAUGCAGCAGCAGCAGCAGAGCAUGGUGGGAAGUCACGGCAUGAUGGCCAACCAGGCCGGUAUGGUCAACACAGGUCUCAUGGGCCCCGGUGGUCCACGGCCUGGCAUGCAGCAGCAACAGGAGGGCUGGGUGGGCUCGGCCUCUGCCCCACCCCUGGGAGCUCCCGGCCCUGGGCAGCAAGGAGCCAUGCAGGGCAGGAUAGGGCCAAACGGUGCCCCCAUGAGGCCCAACAGCCAGCCAGUGCCCAGGCAGAUGCUUCAGUCCCCAAUGAUGGCCAAUGCCCAACCUGAUAUGGAGAUGGGUAUGGUUGGCCACCACUUCUCCCAGCAACAAGCUCCACCCAACCAGACAGCCCCAUGGCCUGACAGCAUGAUGCCAAUAGACCAGAGCUCGUUUGUAAAUCAAAGCAGACCAGUGCACUCUGGGCCUCAGGAUGAUUUGUUGUGCAGUGCAGGGCUGGGGUCUAGUGAAGGCAGUGGAGUGGAUGAGGGGGCUCUGAUGUCCCAGCUCUACACAGCAUUGAAAGAUUUCGAUGGUUUGGAGGCGAUUGAUCGUGCUCUUGGGAUUCCAGCUUUGGUAGAACAAACUCAAACCCUGGAACCAGACCAGUUUGCUCAGGACUCCUCAAUGAUGUUAGACCAGAAGCCCCCAAUGUACACCCAGCAGUUUGGUCCCCCACCAUCCCACAUGGCCCAGAGAGGGUACCCAGGUGCACCAAUGCAAGAGCCAGGGUUCCAUCCUAUGUCUGGACAGAUGGGUCCGCGGCCCGGUUACCCAAUGAUGAGGAUGCAGACACGGCCUGGACUCAGGCCCACUGGGGUCGUCCCCAACCAACCCAACACUUUACGACUGCAGCUCCAGCACCGGCUACAGUCACAGCAGAACCGUCAGCCCAUGAUGACUCAAAUGAGUAAUGUGUCAAAUGUGAACCUACCUCUGAGAGCUAAUGCUCCAAACCAGACUAUCAACGCUCAGAUGCUGGCACAGCGUCAGCGGGAGCUGCUCAGUAAUCACCUGAGACAGAGGCAGCAGCAGCAGCAGCAGGUGCAGCAGGCCCAGCAGGUCCAGCAGCAGCGCAGCAUGGCCAUGAGGGGCCAGGGCCUCAGUCUGCCCCCCAACAUGGCCGGAGGCAUGAGUAACCCCCGGAUUCCCCAGGCCAACCCCCAGCAGUUCCCCUACCCGCCCAGCUACGGUACCAGUACAGGCCUGGCGUCGCCACCUCCCCCUACCAGCCCUUUCUCCUCCCCUCUUUCUCCCAGCCUGCCUUCUCUCCCCCAAAACCCUCAGCUCCACCUGCAUGGUACCUCCUCCUCUUCCUCCACCUCCUCCUCCUCCUCACAGAUGAUGAUGGGAAACACAAGCAUGAUGGGCGGACAGUACGGGGCCGUACUCAGCCCCCAAAUGCAGCACAGUGCCUUUCAGUUUCCCAACUCAGGUAUGAGCCAACAGGCAGAUGGGGGUUUCGGAGGCCCGGGUACUCCACAGAGCCCUCUGCUCUCUCCUCGCAUGGCCCACACGCAAUCUCCCAUGAUGCAGCAGGGCCAGGGAACAGCUGCUUUCCAGGGUUCUCCUGACAUGAACGGAUGGCCACAGGCCAACAUGGGAGGCAACAGUAUGUUCUCACAGCAGCAGGCGUCGCCUCAGUUCACCCAGCAGAACAACGGAAACAUGUACAACAGCAACGGUAUGAACCUCAACAACGUGUCCAUGGCCACGAACAGCAUGGGCCAGAUGGGUGGACAGAUGAACGUCACGUCCAUGGCCACAGGGCCGUCGCCCAGCCUGCCCCCUAUGGGGCAAGAACAGAAGUACUGUUGACCCUGAUGGAGUUCUGAACCUGAACCUCAGUGAUCAGCUGGUGUAAGGAGCACGUCAGCCUUUAAACUAUAUUGUACAGACAACAUAAUCCAACCUGACGGCUCCUUGAAUCAGCCGGGCCGUGCCCUGAUCUUCUCGUCUCCCCAGCCUGAAACUCACCUCCCUCCGACCCGGCUGGGCUUCUUUAAACGGCACCAGAGAGAGGAGCCUGACCUGGAACAGACACACAGGACGGAGUGAUGAUGAUGAUGAUGAUAAUGAUGAGCGCUGGGGAUGAACGGUGGAUCUGUGACGAGCCAGACUGCCUGCCUGUCCAGCUGCAUUCACCGUAGUGUGACUUACUGUAGGCCUCCCAGUGUGGGACACGGACUGUAGGGGGCAGCAGUGGGUGAGAUCCCUCCUUCUGAUGAAUGUAUUCCUCUCAGUGGACAGUGGCCAUUUACAAUCUCAUCUCAAAAACGAAGACAUACACUGAUUUCUUUUUUUUUCUUCACACAUUUGUGACAUUUCUACAAAGAUCCUAAAACGGCAGCAGAGACUCCAGGUAAUGUUGAGAAAUUAUGGACCGAGCUCACUUGGCCUCUUUUGCCUUUUUUUUUUUUUUUUUUUUUUGCUGUUCUUUAUUUUAUUAUUAAAAUUAUUUUAGGAUUUUUUUUUCCUGAGAAAUAAGAUGUAGAUUGAAGAUAUGGUUGGAGCAACUGAUCUUGAAAAACAUUGCAGAUUAAUAAUAAUAAUAAUAAUAAUGAUGAUGAUAAUAAUAAUGGUUUGCGUGGACUGGUGAUUUGUAUGAUUAGACUAAUUUAGUCCAGAGGUUUCUAUAGUGUAUUAAAUUAAGUUUUAUUUUUCUGUAUAGAUUCAUUUUAAUUAUUGUAGAUGAUUCUUUAUCCUGGUAGCAGCGAGAAAGAAAAUGUUUCUAAAAAGUGUGAGCAAGGCAUAUAUAUAUAUAUAUAUAUACACACACACACACACACAUAUAUAUUGAUAUAUAUGUAUAUAUGUGAUUUUAACUUGUGUUCUUUCUGAGGAUAUUCUUCUAAUGAUCGGAGUAAAAUGAGAGUCAUGCGUUGGUCCUGUAGUUUCACGAGGUGAUGUCAGCAUCAGACACGGUUUUAAAAAUGAAUUACAGUGAUUGUACAUAAUAUACCAAUGAGUAAUACAAUGUUGUUGUUUUUUUUUUUGUUUUUUUUUCUUUCCUAUUUAUUUUAUUUCUUUAUGGUUUUGGUUCCUCCUGUCUGGUCACAACUGACUCCUGGAGCCCAGAGUUUUUAAAUCCUCGUUUGUGUUUGUUAUGUUUGUAGAGAUGGCGCCGUCAUGAGCUGAGGCUGUGGUACGACGCAGACGGGUUAGAUGUAGGGACGGGUCGUAUCCGGGGGUCGGGGGGUGUGCUGUGUAUACAGUGUACAGAUUACCGCUUGCUUCUCUGCCUUUAGCAUAGAACACAUAAAGACAAAAAACAACAACAGGACAAAGUCAACACAGCCAUACAGUAACUUUAAGUAAAAAAAAAAAGAAAAAAAAAGAAAAACAAAAGUGUGCUUUCUAUGUUGUCUGGAGUGGAAUUGCUUCAUACAAGCUGCUAGGUGCAAACUGUUCUGGUGUGAUGUAAACAAGCAAUAACUACUUGAGUCUCUUUUUGUGUUUUUUUUUUUUAAUUAUUGUUUUGUAGGGUUUUUUUUACAGUUUCCUGAGGUUAUAUAUAUAAAAACAAAAAAGAAUUGAGACACAUUUGCUCCAUGUUUGGAAGCAGUAUUACUUCUUUUUUCUUACAGUUUCUACUGAGCAGACCUACAUCCAUACACAGAUUAUGCAGCGAUGGCUGAGGUUUUUUUUUUUUUUUUUGAAGAGAUGGAAAAAGUUGGCGCUCUCCUAUUGCAGACGUCAGAGUGAAAAAUCUGCUCUGACAGACACUUUAGCCAUAUAUAUAUAUAUAUUUAUGACCUCAGGCAGUACAAAGUGUUCACUAAUGACUAUUGCUAUCUUUUUGGAGCGGGGGAGGGGGGUUUCGAUUUGACCUCAAGAUCUCUUAACCUCAAAAACGUAUAGUUUCCUCAAAGAGAGAGGACUUUUUAUAUCCACUACUUUACCCAGGACAGACAUGGAGCAAAGCCAAAUAAUCCUCACCUUCAUAAUUGGAUUCCUGAAUUGUACCAGCUUAUAUUUUUCCACCUGUUGGUGUUUUUACACUCGGAGGCCCACACUUAGGCAAUGAUCUACCAUGAUGUCACUCAACAGGGUCUAAUGAUGUAGAGGUGGCAGCGUUGAACACAACAGACCAAUCAUCCUGAAUGUAAUGUCAUUUAAAGGCCUGCGACCCACGCCGUCGAUCUCUCGGCAUUUACGGAGCAGGUUUCCCCGCCGUCGCUUAUCUUUUUUAAACUGAGUUCUUUGAGAGAAAUUUGAAUCUGUAGCAAGGAGGACGGACGGCGUCCGCAGUUCCUUUGAGCAAUGCUGCUUUUGAUUGUACAACACGAGGUGGGGGGUGCAGGACAAGCUUUUGGGAGCCAUUUUUAAAUGAAUGAUUCACAGCCCUUUGCAAAAUUCCCAAAGAUUGUUGAGAUUUUGAAGACUUAAAGCCAUGUGGUAGCAAAUUUUUUUAGAGUUUAUAACGAGGACAGGUGCAAACUAAUGAUUUUUUGCCCCUUUAAAAAAAAAAAAAUCAAUCCAAGCUUUGGACCCACUAAUCUAAAACUAUUUUGUCUCUUAUGCUUUUGAAGAACUUUAAAUGCCCUUUUUGUAUCGUCUGUCAGUUUUCUUAGAGCUAAGAUGCAAGAACCUUGAAAUGCUUCAAAACCUGAGCAUAAUGCCUUAGAUUUUCGUCCGUUCUUGUUCUUGUACAUUACACCGCUCUGUCUGUACAAAUUUGUAUAAUGACCUGUGUACAUUAUAGAGUGGCUGCGUCAUCGUCUCCAGCUCCUCCCUGUCACAGUCGGACUCUCCCUCCUCAUAUUUUCGCUGCCGGUUUUGAAGACCCUAACUGCCCCCGUCCCCGUCCCCCUUCCCCUCAUGUUCCCACUGUUUGUAUCAUACCUAGGGAUAUUGAAGCAAUAUGUAAAAUACUAUACAAACCUUUUCUUUCUAGUUGUGUUUUUACCCCCGCCCCCAUGUUUUUUUCCCUCUUCAUAAUCCAAGAAUCUCACUGUACAUCCACAUCCACCUUCCUGUUCCUCAGUGUGUGUGUGUGUGUGUGAAUGUGAAUGAAAAAGAGUGUAUGUGUGUGCGUGUUUAUGUGUGGAUGUAUGAGCGUUUAUGCAAAAAUUAGAUAUACGAGAGAAGUUAAAAACCACAGUUAUGCAAGUUGUGAACUAUUAUGGCUUCGCUGAUGCUAUUUGCCUUGUAAAUAAAGAAUUCUGUUAUUGCAAUAUUUAAUAAAAGCUGACUCUUUAAUUUCUUUUGACAGAAA